UCGCAGGGCAUCAUCCUGAGCAGACUAUCAUCCGCGAGUGCACGGGGCCAGCACACUAUAAAAUGCAGCGAUAUCUAAUACGACCUGCGUAUAAAAUGAAGGGUUAAAGCCGUGACGGAGCAGAGCACCAUCACCACUACGAAGAGCACGUCGAGCCAAGGAAAAGUGCAAAAAUGCGAGUUUUUCUUAUCAUAUUGCAAUUCGCACUGUACAGCAACGCAGAGAAGGAUGUAUUUGUUUACCCGACUAUUUUGCAAGAGAGAUCAACCGAGACAAACUUAGUUCUACGACUGAAUGACAAGUUUACAUUGAACCUUGAAAGAAGCUCCGUACUCGCGGACAAACUUCUGUUUGUUACAACCAGCGAUGAAGUCAACCAUCUGGAGGAAAUAGACACAUCGGCUAUGCAAAAAACUUUGUAUCACGACGCACACUACCAGUCCUCUGUUCGUGUUCAGCAGCGAGAUGAUGCAGUGAAAGUCGAAGGCAUCAUAAAUGACAAAUUGAGGAUCAAGCCUGUACCAGAAGGCGAGAGAUCAAUGCGAGGCCAGAUUCUGCAUAAAAUAUAUGAAGUGAAUGAUAUGAACGAGGGCUCCCCUAUUAUGGAAGAGAAGCCUCGCAGUUCAUACAGGGGCGCCAACAGUUAUCCCAAUCCUAGCACAGGGUACAAUGGUAUCAGCAGCCGGAGACUAGACGAGAGACGUGAUGGUGAAGUAUUUCAAGUUGAGCUUCACAUUAUUUGUGACAGGAAGCACCAAAGUAACUUUGACACCAAUGAAGAUUUAAUUGGUUACAUGGCGGUCUUCAUGAAUGCGGCGAACUUACGGUACCUUGACAUGACCAGUCCAAGGGUGCGAUUUCUUCUCGUCGGUAUAACAAGGAGGAAGGAAUAUCCUUUCUCUCCGAAUGUCCAAGGUACUACGGACACGACCGAAACACUAAACAAGUUGCAAGCCUUUGAAGCUGAAAAAAAGGUGCCAGGCAAACAUGACGCCGUGCUUCUUAUAACCGGCCUGGACCUUGUUAAGGUGCAGAACGGAAAGGUGGAAAGAGGCAUCGCGGGACGAGCAUAUAUGGCCGCUGUCUGCAGUUCCCAUGGAGUAGGCGUGGCGGAAGAUACGGCCACCACUUACUUGGGAGUAAACACAGCGGCCCAUGAGCUAGCGCACAUAUUGGGCUCAGACCACGACACAACCCCGAGAUGUCCGUGGGAACAGGGAUAUCUGAUGAGUUAUGUGGAUGGAGGAUUAAGGAAAUAUCGGCUUUCUGCCUGCAGUGAAGACAGCAUACGAGACCUUUAUCGGCGUCUUACAUCCGAGUGUAAAAGAGUACUGACCAAUGUGAAUUACAUGACUAAGCACCGAGAAUAUCCCGGCGAAACGGUGCGAGUGAAGUAUUACUGCAGAAAGAGAAUUUUUCAUGCCUCAAAGGGCUUGAAAGUGAAAGCAUUUGCCUUGAAGACUAAAGAGGAUUCUAACAAAUGUAAAAUGCAAUGCUGCUAUUGGCAUGAUAACAUCAGAACUUGCUGGCCAACUCCAAUGCUGGAACGCAUGCCUUGUUUAAAAGGAAAGACUUGCAAGAGAGGAGUCUGCGGAACACACGAGUGGUGAUAUUCGUAAUGUUAACUUUUUGGGAAGUAGUGUAUUUCGCUCCUUCUCUUUGGAAAAAAAAGACAGCCAUAACAAGAGUUAUGUGUGCAAUAAAAGACAUACCUCAGAGA